CAUUCGGCCCUGUUGGAGUUUUCCGGGAGAGAUGUGUUGAUGUGGCUGGAUUCCUAAGUCUGUUGCUAAAGUUGAACAGUAAACAAACUUGAUGGAUACCUCCGGUAAAGAAAAAGAGGCCAUGGCUCUCAUGGCAGAAGCCGAAAAGAAAGUAAAAUCCUCGCAGUCUUUUUUGGGCUCUUUGUUUGGGGGCUCUUCAAAGAUGGAGGAUGCUUGUGACAUGUAUGCUAGGGCAGCAAACAUGUUCAAGAUGGCUAAGAACUGGAGUGCUGCAGGUAAUGCUUUCUCUCAGGCGGCUCUCCUGCACCUGCAGAUGCAGAGUAAACAUGAUGCGGCCACGAGCUUUAUAGAUGCCGGCAAUGCCUUUAAAAAAUCAGAUCCUCAAGAGGCCAUAAACUGCCUGAACAGAGCCAUUGAAAUUUAUACAGACAUGGGGAGAUUUACCAUUGCAGCGAAGCACCACAUCACCAUUGCUGAGAUUUAUGAGACCGAACUGGUUGACAUUGACAAGGCAAUAGCUCAUUAUGAACAGGCUGCUGAUUAUUAUAAAGGCGAGGAGUCAACCAGUUCAGCCAACAAGUGUCUGCUCAAAGUUGCCACCUACGCCGCUCAACUGGAGCAGUACCCCAAAGCAAUUGAGAUCUAUGAACAGGUCGCAACACACGCAAUGGACAGUAAUCUGCUGAAAUACAGUGCAAAGGACUAUUUCUUUAAAGCAGCUCUCUGCCACUUCUGUGUGGACAUGCUUAAUGCUCAGCUUGCCCUCCAGAAGUAUGAGGAAAUGUUUCCAGCUUUUUCAGACUCGCGUGAAUGCAAACUGGUGAAGAAACUUUUAGACGCUUUUGAGGAACAGAAUGUGGAUGCAUAUACCGAUGCUGUGAAGGAAUAUGACACCAUCUCAAGACUGGAUCAGUGGCUUACUACAAUGCUGCUUCGUAUAAAGAAAACCAUACAAGAAGACGAAAGUGACCUUCGCUAAGCCAAGUUUUUUAUUUGUUUCCACUCCCUCUCGCUCAUGCAUUUAACCGCGACCUGGUGUGCAGUUUUGAUGGUAGACCAUUUCCCUUUAACCUCGUGAUACCUUUACCACCAGCUCUCAGUGCCUUAAUACAAAUGCUUUUUCUCAGACACCCCUCUGUCUUUUAUGACGUGACAUGCUGCUCAGUCGUGGACGCGAUUGUGCCGUCAGACCCCAGCAAACACUAAAUGAAUAUAAGGCUGGUUGAUUAAAUGGGAUUUUCAGAUGUUGAAUGAGAACUGAAAACAGUAAUACUAUGAUGUGCACACCAUGCUUCAGAAGGGAAGCCAAAGCCUCAUCUGCUCUGUUUGAUAUAGAGCACCUGUAUUAAAAAUAAAUGCCUUCGUUUCUACUAUUAUUCUUUGUAGUAGUGGCACAUAUAUUUCUAUUCCUAUCAGAAAUGCCACACUUUGUAUAUCUGCAUAUUUUUGCUUGCUGUUCCCUGCGUUAGCUUACUUGAUGAUGAAAAAUGAUUUAAAUGCUAAUCUUGUCAUGUUUGUAUUUGGAAAUAAUGAUAACAUAUAAGUGUGAGAGAGUAAAAAGAUGACUCAACCAACACGGAUAUAAUAGGAGGAUGCAUCAGUGUGAGUUUUGUUACCUUGUCAACCGUCAAAAAAAGUUUUAGUGUUGGGCUCUUGUUAUUUCCUAUGUUAAGGUUACAACUUUGUCAUUAUUUACUCCCCCACUUGUCGUUUGAUCCCCAGUGACCACUUAGGUCAUUCCCAUAGUAAAAAACCCAAAAGUGUUAAAUGACUUCUUUUGACUUAUUUCAAGUGUCCCGAAGACAUUUACUCCUCUAGUUUCAUGUUGGGGUUUCAGUUGUUACACAUUAUUUUAAAACCUCCUAAAACUGCCUAGACAACAGUUCAGAUGGAGAAUAAAUGGUUAAUGUCCUCAGGGCAACAUUAUUUUUACCCUGGGACAACAUUUUAACCAACCAACCAACUAGAUUUUAGAAAUACGUUUACAGUUUGUUUCUUAAACUUACAACCAGGAUUAGCUUGUCAUAGACCAUUGUUUUUCAUGUAUCAUUUCCCUCUGAUUUUAGGGUUCGGUUGUGGUUUGGGUUUAGGAUUUAGUUACAAAAAUGUGCUUGAUUCACAAUUGCUCUGAGGGCAUCUCUCACUUUGCAAAAUCAGGUCAAGCAGGUUGAAACGACAUGAGGAUUAGUAAUGACAAGCGUUUAAUGAAUGGGAAUGUGAACAAUCCCUUAAAGAAUAACUUGUAAUUCAUUCAUAAGUGAAGCACCCAUUGUAUUUGUUUACCUAUUAUUUUUAAUUAUAUUGUUAUAUUUAUGUUUACUGUUAAUUCAUUCCUAGAUAGUGUAUUUUUGUGAUUUACCAGUUCAAAAACUCACUUCCUCUGGUUUUAACUUCCUUAUACUAGCUUUUGUGUUAUAAACGGCAGACACGCGCUCGAGAAUCAGUUCUGAAUAAAGAUUCGUUCAGGAGUCGAA